UCUUACCUUAUCUAAAACAUUUGAAUUUAUAGUGUAUAUAUUUAAAAAUGUAAGUUUAUUAUUUUAUGAAUUAAAAAUUGAAUUUAAUAUUUUAUCAAUUGUAUUAAGAUAUGGGGACAUGAAAAUGCACUACAUAAUAAGAAUGACCUCUCUGAUACAUGACGUUUGUUUGAAAAAUAGGACAGAGACAAGUAAGGAAAUGUCACAGAAGGCCUUCAAGCCAUAAUUGAGGUCAGACACGAGACAAUUUAACAAUCUUUAUCUCAUACAGUUAAAGGACAGAUAAGAAGAUAAAUAAACUAGAACUUGCCGGCAGCCUCAAACCAGUGUUUUAUCUUUUAUCUAGUGCAUUGAUAUUUUAUUAUUGUGCUGCAAAUAUACUAACAUUACAAUAUUAAAAGAUUAUCUGAUAAUCUGUUUUUUAUGCAAUUAUAAUAAAACCAGCUAUUUUGCCAUGCAGAUUUCUAAGAGGACAUUUACAUCAUCGUUUGUUUGCAUGUUAUGUCUAAUAUCUGGGCUGAUGUAUGUUCCAUUAACACUAUAAAUACAGCAGCCAGAACACACUGUGUGAAAUGGGCAGCCUGACAUGAGUGUUGUCUGUUACAUAAGUCACAGCUCUGAUGAUUAUUUCUCUUUGUGACAUGGUCUCCUGACUGCAGUAGCACAAGGCUGGUCCUCUGGGAGAUUAACCAGCGAGCUAAAACAGUAGAAAAGAGGACUGAUGAUGUCAUAUAUUCACCCUGCUGGCUAAUGCAAAUUCAAAACGGCAGAACACCUCUGCAUUUGGCUGCCUAUAAGGGCCACAUUGCUGUUGUGAGGAUUCUGCUUGCAGCUGGUUGUGACCUGGAUAUUCAAGAUGAUGGUGACCAGACAGCCUUACACAGAGCAGCUGUGGUGGGAAACACUGAUGUCAUCUCAGCUCUCAUUCAGGAAGGAUGUGCACUAGAUAGACAAGACAAGGAUGGGAACACUGCUUUACAUGAGGCUGCGUGGCACGGCUUCAGUCAGUCUGUCAAACUGCUGGUGAAGGCUGGAGCCAACGUUCAUGCUAAAAACAAGGCAGGAAACACGGCUCUUCAUCUGGCGUGUCAGAAUGGUCAUGCUCAGAGCUCUAAAGUUCUGCUGCUGGGCGGCUCUCGGCCUGACAGUAAGAAUAACGUAGGUGACACGUGUCUGCAUGUGUCUGCCCGAUAUAACCAUGUGAGUGUGAUUCGAGCGCUCCUCGGUGCCAUCUGCUCAGUGACUGAAAGAAAUCACGCAGGAGACACAGCUUUACAUAUUGCAGCUGCUCUGAAUCACAGGAAGACUGUACGCAUGUUACUGGAGGCUGGGGCGGAUAGCCGCAUCAAAAACAAUACAGGAGAGACGGCCCUCGAUCAGGCUCGUGAAAAUGAUAAUCCUGAAGUGGCACUGCUGCUCACCAAAGCCCCACAGAGCUUCACUCGAGGACGCACUGUGAGGAAGAGGAGGGACAAGAUGAAGACUGAGGGUCGAGCACAGUCAGUCCCUCGUGAUGAGAUGCUGCCAAGAAAGGACAGUGUAUCUCCAGCCAAUGAUACUCACGGCAGUGACAGUUCUCUCCGCCAGAAUGACAAUGUGUUUGUCACAGAGGCAUGUGCAAACAAAAACAUCAACAAGAAAGUCAAAGAGAGGCUGUCACCAUCAGAUGCCCUCAUUCGAAGACAAAAUAAACACAGCGAUCAUAAGAAGAAGAGUAAAACAGAGAGAUCAUGUCCAUCAGCUCCUCCUCCUCCUCCUCAUAACUACAAGGCGUACCAGCUCUAUACUCUCUACAGAGACAAAGAUGGCAAGAUCAUGCAGGCCCCAUUGAAUGGCUGCAGGUGUGAGCCUCUCAUUAAUAAACUGGAGAAUCAGCUCAUGGCAACUAAAGAGGAAAUGCAAUCAGAGAUUCAUACUGUACAAGAGCUUAUGAACAGCAAGAUGGGGCAACUGGACCGCAAGAACAAACAUCAGAUCAGAGCUCUAGAUAAGAUCACUUUAGAGAGAGUGUCUGCUGAGAGGAUUGAAUGUUUACAUCGAAUUGACAAGAGAGCCAUACAGGAACGCUUGGAAGGAGAAAAAAGACAGCAGGCUUCAGUUGUCAGCGAUCUCAAGAACUGGUGCCUUUCUAAGAUCCAAAGUUUGGAGACGCGUCUCUCUGGCGAUCGCUGCAACACCAAGUUACGGCGCUCCUCGUCCCUCACCGACACACUUUCAGAUUGGGAUCCCCAUUCCCACACAGCUGUACCGGACACAUCUGGGGGCAGAGCAUGUUACUCUCCAUCAACAAACCAACCUGAGGCAAAAGAUGGAAGAGAGACUGCAGCAGCGACCACGUGUCCUGAAGAUGGAUCUGCCGGUUACUAUGUGAUCGAGGUGGACGUCUCACCAGAUAAGCAGUCGUCACAGAAUCAAUCUGCGCCUCAGUCUCCUUGUAUAGUCCGGCCUAAACAACGAUCACGGGCCUGUAGUGACCCCCACAGAGUGCAAGAUGAGCCUCAGGAUUCGAGUCUAGAGCUAAGACGUGUCCCUGAUCAGUGCUGCGAGCAGGAAUGUGAGCUCGAUCACAGGAACCUCAAAAGACGCACCCAACAAAGAGCAAAGACCAAACAAAACGCACAAACCUUGACAAGUUUAGGAGACCACCGCACUGCCGAGGCUUCCUUCGCCCAGGAGCGGGAGAACAUGCAUGCGCUGGAGGUUACGCAGUACUUUUUUGAUGCCGUGACUCUGCAGAUGGAGCGCUGGUAUGAACGGAAGAUCGAGGAAGCGCGCCGGCAAGCCAACCAGAGAGCCCAAGCUGACAGAACCACACUGCUGGACAGAAUAAGCUACCUUGAAAAUGAGCUCAGACUGCUGAGAACUAACAAACAGGAGGAGAGCUAGUAUAUAAGACACCACUGGUGUAGCAGACACUGUAACUCACGAGGUUCCGGAUGGAUUAGUGAAGUUCGAUAGAGCAGCUAACACAUGUAGAUAACACUGCAGUAACAAACGCCAGGAGUAGUAGCAUCUAAACAGAGUUUGAUCUGAAACAUACUCUACGCAAGUGCUUGAAUGCAAACACUUCUCGAUUUCGCUGCUUGUGUUCUGAAAUUUGCCAGAACACAAUUCAUAAUGAAGGGCAAGUAGCAGCGCCAUACAGUGCAACAGUUGAAUUCUGGAAGUAAAAUACCCAUUCAUUUUCUCUCUAGGGGAAUUGAUUUUUUUAGCGACAACUUAGCAACCUUUAAAGACAUACCUAAUGUGAAAUACGAGGUUGUUAACUGUUAUAUGCUUUUGUUGAAGCCAUCCGUUCACAUUAUUUCAACUUAUUUUUAAAAUACUUGUUUAACAGCUGAAUUUGUGGUGAAAAAACUACAUUCCCCAUGAUGCUGUCCAUAAAAUUCCACCAAUCAGAGAGUUGCAGAGAGCAAAUCGUGCCAGAAGUGUUUGUAGGAAACGCCCACUACCAUAAUGCACCACAAAUGACUAUGCUGUCAAAAGUCACUCUGAAAUCAAAAAAAGACUGUUGCUGUUUAUUAUAAAUGAUUUAUCCAUGCACAUCAUUAUUUUUUUAAAAUUCAUAUGCCUUCUUUAAUCAAAAACGUUCACCUCCCCCUCAAAACAACAUGUGUUUUGGCGGAGGGUGGGACUAAAUAUCCUCCACAACUGACUGCAAGCUGACAUUCAGAAAAGCCUCCAUAUUUAGUAAGCAAUGUCCUACAAUCCAGUCAAUUCCCAAAGGGCGAAAUCAAGUCCCGCCCUACAUUUUUCUCAUUCCAGAAGCCAUUUCACUUGGCUAUACGUCACAAUAGGGAAGAAUAGACUAGCGCAUCUUCCGUUUCAUGCCGACAUUAAAUAUUUGUGUAUAUAUAUGUAUGUAUACACACAUAUAAAUGCAUAUUUUGCAAUAAACUUUCUAUAGAUAUAAUCAAUAACUUUAAAUGAGUAGUUUUUAUGUCUCCAUUUUAAAUUUGAAUUGCCAUUUGCAGUGCUUCAUGGGAUUGUAGUUCUUUCCCUCAUCCCUUUUUGUCCGAUUUUCAAAUAAUUUUUUGCUUCAAAUCAAAGUUUAUACUAUUGUGAUUCAUCUUGUAGCUGGUUGGCUUGGUUCAUGGCUUAUAAUUCUUUAAUGAAGACUUUUAAAAAAAAUAAAAUUAAUGGAAAAAAUACUUCCGAAGCCAACGCCACUGAAAAAGUGGGCGGGCAGCACUGUCGCACUCUAUAGUCUUGGCAUAAAUUGUCUGCUGAGGUUUUUUGCCGCCACAGAAAAGCAAGAACACACUUGCAUGCUUUCAAAGCCCUCUUCAAGAAUUUGUGUCUGCAUUUGUGUACUUGUGUGGAUUAUGUGUUUGGCUUUACAGUCAUCAUGACAAAUCAUCACCACCAAAGAUCUGUUUAAUCUCCAGGGGCCUCAUUUAUAAAGCGUGCGUACGCACAGAUUUGAUCUUAGAGUUUGCGUACGCUUAAAUCCACGCCAAUGCUCAUAUUUAUAAAAACGGUCUUUGACAUGGAAAAGUGCUUAAAGCCACGUCAGGGUCUGAGCAGACGUACACACUUUUUCUGGUCAGAUUACUGCAGGUUUUUGGAAAUCUAAGCUAUUCUUGCAGCUCGCUAAGGAUUUGGACGAUGACUGUUGAUCUUUUAUAUGUAAAUGACAUUAAUUAGGUGUUGUUUACAACGCGGGGAACUGAAACCAUUCAAGUUCAAGAUCAUUUGCGAUUGAUUUCACACCUGAAAGAGAGGCGUACGCUCGUUUUCUGUGUGUACGUUCUUUCUAUGAAUCACACGUACGCACAUCUGAGAAAUGAUCGUAAGAUCAAAUUUAGGACGGUUUCUGCGCAACAUUUUAUAAAUGAGGCCCGAGAUUUUAACCUCUGGUAAAGCGCUUCUGAUUUCUAAGCUACAUAGACAUUUCUGUUUCAUUGUGAAAAGAAAAUUCAAAGGACAAAAACUGUUUUCUUAAUUAUAUAACAUAACAUUAUAACAUAGCAUUAAGAAUAUGACAUGAACACUAUUACUCCAGUAGUAAUACCCAAAUUUAGUCAAAGGGUCUAAAUUAUGCCACUAUUUUGAUGGAUGUUUGCCAGAUCAUAUAAAAUCAGUGAACAAUGGAGCAGUGACAAAAAAGUAACAAAAUCUAUCACAGCAAACACUGUGAUAAAAAUAAGUAUUAGUUUAUUUUGACUUUCUACUUUCUUGCACAAAAUGAAAGGUCUUAACCUGUGAUGUUUAAUUGAUAAUAUCAAUGUAGUUUGAAUUGAAUAGUGUGAAUUUUUCAUAUUGCAUUUGCACAAUAUUGGUAGAUAAGUAAUCUAAUUUAAGAUUUUUUUUAAUCAUUCAUUCAACAAAAUUCAGAACACAUGGGUAGGGAAAAAGUAAGUCUAUCUCUCUCUGUGGUGAAAUGUGUUGGGGUUGGUACAGUGGUAAAAAUCAAAUGACUGAGAUGUCAAAGGCAGACAAAAAUAGCCCACUUUUCACCAGUCAGUUGAGCCCAGUAACUGUCAAUUCAUUUUGACUUCCAAGAUUCACAAAUGUUGACUGAUUCUGUCACCACUGUGCACUUGAUCAAGACACUUCACCUCACACCACUCCAUGAAGACUGAACGUGUAAUCUGUAGAUCAUUGUUAGUACUGUUAAAAAAAAAAAAGAGAAAAAAGAAAAGAGAAAUCAUGGUCACUAUAAUUUCAAACUGCCGUAUAAAAUUUCUUAAUUGCCAGUGGCUAUUGGUGUUGAUUUUGAACUAUGUAAAAAAGUUUUUGACUGUGUCUUGACAAAUGUUAACAACUAAUAUGUAAUGAACACUUUUUGUUUUUUAUAUACAUGUACAAUUACUAUAAUUGUUUACAGCUGCUUUAAAGGGAAAGACAUUAUUUACUAUGUCAUACAGCUGUAUGAUCUGUAAAUCAAAAAUGAAUGUUUAAUAAACUACAUCCAUGUAAAUUUGUAGACAAAAAACAGC